UCUUUUUUUUUUCUUACUGCAAUUUGAUACUGAGCGCAGAGUGAGGACUGCACCCGAGUAUUACUAGGGUUGAAGCGUCUCAUCACCCAGUGCUGCCUCUUCAGGCAAUCAUCCCGAGAGAGUUCUAAGCUCGAGCUUGACGAACUAUAUCCUCUUCUUUUCCACAAGCCGAUAAAAUGGGUGGCCAAUUCUUUCUCGGCUGGGAGCUAUGGCAGCAGAUGACCUUUGUGUUGGCUUGCGCAAUUUGCGUCGUCAUCUUUGCUGGUCUCUGCAAGCUCACAUGGCAAAGUAGAUAUAUGAAGAAGCAGGAGGUGCUCGAUGAGGAGAAGCGUGCGAGGUUGCUCGAGAUGCGCAAGACGGGCCUACAAACCAAGAGGACGGGCGAUGUUCCCUUUGGCGUCCGGGCCACACAGGCCGGAAUCGAAAUUGAGGGCAUUUGGGUGUCGAGGCCGUCGACCCCGAACCCCAACGCCAGCUCUACCGCCCUCAACAACCCUGCAUCCAUCGGCGUCACCCCCAACCCUCUUGCCAAGAGCAAGUCGCUUGACCCCAAGUCGGCAGCUGGUCCGGGCCGUCUCCGGAUGCCUUCAGGUUACAUCUCGCCGGGCGCCAAGUCGCCGACGUCCCCAGGCCACCUCGAUGGCCCUCCCGACCUGAACAGGAACAAGUCGACUCAUCAGCGAAGCGACAGCGGCCUCAACAGCGAUGCCCUCCGCAUGCUCGAAGGCAAGCCGCCCCGCCAGCUCACCAGCAACGCGACCUACGUGCCCAGGUCUUCGGCCCCGGAGACCCGUCAGCGUUCUAAGUCCCAACCUCGCCAGCAGGGACGGUCCCACUCCCGGCAGCGCGGCUCCGACGACUCGUCCAACGAUGGUGGCUACAGUGCCGAGACUCCUAGCCCGACUAGGGGUCAGUACAUGUACGCGGCAUCAGCGGGACCCUCGCGCAACGCCUCGGCCGUGAACCUCUCGAGCUACGCCGCCAGCUCCUCAGGACACCCGACAAUCCCCAACUUCCCGCUGUCUUCGCCGGAGCGUGAACCCUGGAGCUCAGGCUACGCAGCCAGCGAGACCCAGCUACCGCUGCUGUCACACGUGGACGCCAUCUCGAUGCCAGAGCCGACGUUUGGUCCGGGCGAUGCUCACUACAGCAACAAGUCGCGGCCGGGCCCACAGAAGAGGUGAUGGGUGGGGGAGAGCGUAUAAAGUGCAUUCUGCUGCACGAACAAAAGAACUAACCAAAAAAAAACAACAACAAUUGCAUGGCAUUUGGACAAAAAGUGCGCGGAUGGCGAAUUCAUCUCUAGAUACAAAACCAGUGUUACAUCACGAUGUAUCUGGGCGUUUUCUUUUCUCUCUUGUCUUUCUUCCCCUUUUUUCUUAUCCCUUUCUUCCCUACUUUUCUUGAAUAUACCUCUCAUAUGGUGG